AUGAUGAAAAUCAAUGGAUUCGGUAAAAAGAUGACUGCGAAACAGUUGAGAACAAAAUUUGAAAGACAAGAUUCGUGUGAUGAGUCUUAUUUUGAUGAAUUAAAAGAAUCCCGUAAAUGGCGUGAACCACCAGAGAAGGCAUUUCGUUUCGAGAAUCUCAUAAUUCAAGAGACAAAUCUCCCAUUGGAACAAACUGAAGAAUCGAAGAAAAUGUUGGGUGAUGCAUUGCAGUUAUGUGGCAUUGAGAAUGAAAUUGCCAGUUUCAUGAAGAGGAAAUUUGAUGCCAAAUAUGGUAAGGAUUAA